CCCGGAAGUACUACAGGUGGCUACUGAGCGGUGUAGUGACAGUGCAGUCUGAUAUAUCCUAUUGGCAGCAAAAGAUAAGCAUAUUAUAAAUGUCAUGGAACAUUUGAAAGUCUUCCAGUAGAAGCGGAGAGUCGGGAUUAAUCGACGAAACGAUUUGUCAUCCGGUGUUUCAUCCAACAUUUCAAAAUGUCUUCUGAGGGUCCACCCCAGUCACCUGCUGUGGCAAAGUCCGAAGUAGCGAUAGAUGGAGAAUGCCCACUGCUGGCUGCCACCUUUGCCUAUUGGGACAAUAUCCUCGGACCACGUGUGCAUCAUAUCUGGGCACCAAAGUGCGAUCAGGGAAUGUUCCUCAGCGAUGGAGAUGUGACUUUUUUGGCCAAUCACACACUCAAUGGCGAGAUUCUGCGGAGCGCCGAGUGCGGAGCCGUGGAUGUGAAGUUUUUUGUCUUAGCGGAGAAGGGUGUCAUCAUUGUGUCGCUCAUUUUCGAUGGUGAACUAAAGGGGGACAAGAACACCUGCGCCUUGUCCAUUAUUUUACCUCAGACCGAGCUGGCCUUUUAUUUACCUUUACACACCAUCUGCGUGGAGAGGCUGAAACAUGCUAUUCGCAAGGGACGCAUUUGGAUGCAGAAGGGCUACAACAUCAACGCGGUGCUGAGCUUGGAGAUUGUCCCGAUUAUGGCGCUGCUCGCUUCCAUGAAGACACACAGUGUGCCUGAAGACAUAGACAUAAAAGACACAGUACUAAAUGAUGAUGACAUCGGCGACAGCUGCCAUGAGGAUUUCCUCCACAAGUCCAUCAGCUCUCAUUUCCAGACUUGUGGCUGUUCGGUAGUGGUGGGAAGCAACCCGGAGAAAGUCAACAAGAUGGUGCGGACGCUCUGCCUCUUCCUUACCGCUGAGGAGAAGAAAUGUUCUCGCCUUUGUAGGGCGGACUCAUCCUUCAAAUAUGACACAGGCCUCUUUGUUCAGGGCCUGCUAAAGGACUCAACUGGUAGCUUCGUACUGCCCUUCCGUCAAGUCCUCUACUCCCCUUACCCAACCACGCACAUCGACGUCGACAUCAACACGGUCAAGCAAAUGCCACCCUGUCACGAGCACACGUACAACCAGCGGCGCUAUAUGCGGUCUGAGCUUAACACUCUAUGGAAGACUGACAGUGAAGAGGACAUACCUCCUGACACCGUCAUUCCCACCGAUGACACUUUCACCCCUGACUUGAAUAUAUUUCAAGAUGUCAUGCAUAAAGAUACUUUGGUCAAGUCGUUUAUAGAUGAGGUGUUCAUGCUGAAGCCUGGGCUGUCCCUGCGGAGUGCCUACCUGGCUCAGUUCCUACUGCUGCUCCACAGGAAGGCGCUCACACUGCUGAAGUACAUCGAGGACGAAACGCAAAAGGGGAAGCAGCCUUUCCAGUCGUUGCGCAACUUAAAGAACGACCUGAAUCUGACGGUGGAAGGAGACUUGAACAUUGUCAUGGCCUUCGCCGAGAAGCUGAGGGCAGGCUUGCACUCCUUUGUGUUUGGAAAGUCCUUCUAUACCAGCAUGCAGGAGCGAGACAUCCUCAUGAACUUCUGAUUCUCCAUCAGGGGUGUCCAAAAAAAUAUGGCUUGGAGCUUGUUUAUUAUUGGCAUGUUGUAAAAUGAAUUCAUUAUUAGUGGAAUAUGGUAUUAAUGAGGGCGGCACGGGGGUCAAGUGGUUAGCUAGGAGACUAGGGUUCAAUUCCACCCUCGGCCAUCUCUGUGUGGAGUUUGCAUGUUCUCCCCGUGCAUGCGUGGGUUUUCUCCGGUUACCUCCCACAUUCCAAAAACAUGCUAGGUUAAUUAGCUUAGACUCCAAAUUGUCCAUAGGUAUGAAUGUGAGUGUGAAUGGUUGUUUGUCUAUAUGUGCCCUGUGAUUGGCUGGCCACCAGUCCAGGGUGUACCCCGCCUCUCGCCCGAAGACAGCUGGGAUAGGCUCCAGCCGUAGAAAAUGAAUGAAUGUUAUUAAUGAAAUAUGUCUGAUGGGCUGCAUGUGGUUGGCACACCAGGAGACCCGAGUUCGAUUCCACCCUCGGCCAUCUUUGUGUGGAGUUUGCAUGCGUGGGUUUUCUCCGGGUACUCCGGUUUCCUCCCACAUUCCAAAAACAUUCAUUCAGUUUCUACCGCUUAUCCUCACGAGAGUCA